AGCAGGAUGCCCGGGGGAAAGAGAGGGCUGGUGGCACCGCAGAACACCUUCCUGGAGAACAUCGUCCGCCGCUCGAGUGAGACCAGCUUCCUCCUGGGGAACGCCCAGAUCGUGGAGUGGCCCGUGGUUUACAGCAAUGACGGAUUCUGCAAGCUGUCUGGCUUCCACAGAGCCGAAGUCAUGCAGAAGAGCAGCACCUGCAGUUUCAUGUACGGAGAGCUGACGGACAAGAAGACCAUCGACAAGGUCAGACAGACGUUCGACAACUAUGAGUCCAACUGCUUUGAGAUCCUCCUCUACAGGAAGAACAGAAGUCCCGUCUGGUUCUACAUGCAAGUGGCUCCCAUCAGGAACGAGAACGACAAAGUGGUUCUGUUCCUCUGCACCUUUAAGGACAUCACCCUCUUCAAGCAGCCCAUCGAGGACGAGACCACCAAAGGUUGGACGAAGUUUGCGCGGCUCACUCGAGCGCUCACCAACAACCGCAACACACUCCAGCAGCUGGCACCCAUCGGAAAGCAUGAAGUCAGCCACAAGCAGUCCAGACUGGCAGAGGUUCUGCAGCUCAACUCCGACAUCCUCCCACAGUACAAGCAGGAGGCGCCCAAGACCCCCCCUCACAUAAUCCUUCACUACUGCACCUUCAAGACCACCUGGGACUGGGUCAUCCUCAUCCUCACCUUCUACACGGCCAUCAUGGUGCCCUACAACGUCUCCUUCAAGACCAAGCAGAACAACAUCGUGUGGCUGGUGCUGGACAGCGUGGUGGACGUCAUCUUCCUGGUGGACAUCGUGCUCAACUUCCACACCACCUUCGUGGGGCCGGGCGGAGAGGUGAUCUCCGACCCCAAGCUCAUCCGCAUGAACUACCUGAAGACGUGGUUCGUCAUCGACCUGCUGUCCUGUCUGCCCUACGACAUCAUCAACGCCUUCGAGAACGUGGACGAGGGCAUCAGCAGUCUGUUCAGCUCCCUGAAGGUGGUCCGCCUGCUGCGUCUGGGCCGGGUGGCCCGGAAGCUGGACCACUACCUGGAGUACGGCGCGGCCGUCCUGGUCCUGCUGGUGUGCGUCUUCGGCCUGGUGGCCCACUGGCUCGCCUGCAUCUGGUACAGCAUCGGAGACUACGAGGUGAUCGACGAGGCCACCAACACCAUCAAGAUGGACAGCUGGCUGUACCAGCUGGCCAUCAGCAUCGGCUCGCCGUACCGGUACAACGCCAGCGGCUCGGGCCAGUGGGAGGGCGGCCCCGGGAAGGACUCGCUCUACAUCACCUCGCUCUACUUCACCAUGACCAGCCUGACCACCAUCGGCUUCGGGAACAUCGCGCCCACCACGGACGGCGAGAAGAUCUUCUCGGUGGCCAUGAUGAUGGUGGGAUCCCUGCUCUACGCCACCAUCUUCGGAAACGUCACCACCAUCUUCCAGCAGAUGUACGCCAACACCAACCGCUACCACGAGAUGCUCAACAACGUGCGCGACUUCCUGAAGCUCUACCAGGUGCCCAAGGGCCUGAGCGAGCGGGUGAUGGACUACAUCGUGUCCACGUGGUCCAUGUCCAAAGGCAUCGACACUGAGAAGGUCUUGUCCAUCUGUCCAAAGGACAUGCGGGCUGAUAUCUGUGUCCACCUGAACAGGAAGGUGUUCAACGAACACCCGGCGUUCCGGUUAGCGAGCGACGGUUGCCUGCGCUCGCUGGCCGUGGAGUUCCAGACCAUCCACUGCGCCCCAGGAGACCUCAUUUUCCACGCCGGGGAGAGCGUGGACACCCUCUGCUUCGUGGUGUCGGGGUCACUGGAGGUCAUCCAGGACGACGAGGUCAUCGCCAUCUUAGGUAAAGGCGACGUGUUCGGCGACGUCUUCUGGAAGGAGACCACUCUGGCGCAUGCCUGCGCCAACGUGCGCGCGCUGACGUACUGCGACCUGCACGUCAUCCGGCGGGAGGCGCUGCUCAAGGUGCUGGAGUUCUACACCGCCUUCGCCAACUCCUUCUCACGCAACCUCAUCCUCACCUGCAACCUGCGCAAGAGAAUCAUUUUCCGCAAAAUCAGCGAGGUGAAGAAGGAGGAGGAGGAGCGGCAGCGCGCGAAGAACGAGGUGCAGCUCACCAUCCCGCAGGACCACCCGGUCCGGAAGCUCUUCCAGAAGUUCAAGCAGCAGAAGGAGCUGCGGAACCAGGGCGCCGUGGCGGCGGCCGCCUCGCAGCUGGACCUGGAGAAGAACCAGCUGCAGGUGGAGCAGCACCACCUGCAGCACCAGCAGCACCAGCAGCACCUGCACCCCCACAGCCUGCAGCUGGGCCACUCCAGCCUGCAGCACUCGCUGCCGCUCAGCCUGCAGCGGCCGCACGCCGCCGCCGCCGCGCUGCAGAACGGCGCCCCGCCCAGCAGCAGCGUGCUCACCGUGUCUCAGGUCACGCCCAUGCCGGCCUCGCUGGCGUACGCGCACGCCGGCGAGCCGCCCGCCAAGCAGAACAACUGCGACAUCAUGGAGCUGCAGCCCAGCGCCGCGGGCGGCGGCGGCGGCGGCGGCGAGCAGACCGUCCGGGUCAAGGUGAGCGGCAGCCCCGCCCUGGCCAAGCCCCCCGUCCGGGCCAGCGGCUGGCUGCGCCUCAAGAACAACAUGGCGCCGGCCGAGGCCCGGAAGGAGGGGCUCAACAACAACGUGAAGGCCGUUUCCGUGGAGAUGCUCUCUCAGGAUGGCAAGGCUCAGGAGGCGGGGGAGGGCGGGGCCGCGGAGGAGGGCGGGGUCUCCGGCAACAACCCGCUCCGCAAGACGGACUCCUGCGACAGCGGCAUCACCAAGAGCGAGCUGCGCAUCGACCGCGCCGGCGAGGCGCGCACGCCGGCGGCCGUCACGCCGCUGCUCCACAGCCCGCUCACCGGGGGGGCGGGGUCCCCCCACCCCUUCUGCCCCAUCCCGGAGCAGGCGCUGCAGGCCGCGCUGCACGACACCCGGCUGGAGCUGCGGGGGGACAUCCAGACCCUGGGGGGCCGCCUGGGCGCCCUGGAGAGCCAGGUCGCCGAGAUCAUCAAGCUGCUGUCGGACAAGAGGCGGCCGUCGUCCGGCGGGGCGCCGCCGCCCCCCCCGCAGCCCGCCGCCACGCCCAAAACCAAAACCCAGCGCCAGGACAUCUUCACCGUGUCCAGGCCCGUGUCUCCGGACUCGGAGAAGGACGAGGGGCUCUGAAGGGAGCUGAGCCG